CUCGUUUCGAACGCGUAGCGCGGAAACUAGGACGCAUUCAGGCAGCCACAGCAGAUCGUUGAAAGAAUAUACUACUGUGGAAGUAAACACGACCAUAUGCUGUCACUGUUUCCACAUUCGGUUUAUCUCAAGAUGAUACCAUGAUAAAAUCGCAUGUUACUAUGCAUUUUCCUUAAUGUUUGGAUUGUCUAUUUACAUUCGAGGUCCUAUUUAAGAUGCCUAUCCGAGCCUACUGCACCAUUUGCUCCGAUUUCUUUGACCACCACAGAGACGUCGCUGCUAUCCACUGCGGGCAUACCUUCCACUAUGACUGUCUCCUUCAGUGGUUCCAAGCAGCCCCUAACAAAACAUGCCCACAAUGCAGAAAACAGGUUAGCACCAAACAUAUCAUUACCAAGCUGUUCUUUGACAUUGGUGGAGAAGAGGAGGGUGCGCCAGUGGAUCCAGAGAGCUUACAGAAUGAAGUUUGCCGUAUGAAAGCCGCUCUAAGUACAAGAGAUAAGGACUACAAGGAGAAACUGAAGGCCUUGGAAGGCUUGAAGAGCACCGUGGAGAAGCAGCGGAGAGACCAUGACAAAGUGCGAAAGGAGAUGGUUGAUAAGGACAUGCUCUGUACUGCUCUAAGGAAACAGAUGACGUACCUGGAGACCCAACAGAACGAUGCUCAGUUGGCGAAGGAGGAGGCGCGCAGGUUAAAGACCAAGAUGAAGACCUAUGAAAGUCUGGACCGUCUGUUACAGGGCCAGAGAGAGGAGGUGGAGUCCAUGAUCUCAGACAUGGGGGUCAGUCAGGGAGCUGUGGAGCAGCUCUCCAUUUACUGCAUCUCCCUUAAGAAAGAAUAUGAUAACUUAAAGGGAGGCCUCAGGUCUUCAAAGGACAUGUGUGAGAAGUUGAAGAAAGAGAUGUUUGCCUCAAACAACAAGUUGCAGAAAGCCUCCAUGGAGAUGUCCCAGACCAAAGAGGACAUGAAGGCCUUGCAGAAGGAUCUAGCCAACGCCGACAAGGAGAUCUCCAGUCUCAAGAAAAAGGUGGAGAUCCUCCAGAGAACUCUGAGCACGCCGACACGGACCAACGAAGCCAUCAGCCGACUGGUUUUUGAGAGCCCCGCCCCUCUGGAGCUGAAACCCAGACUGCAAGAGCCAUCAGACUGCCAGGACAUAGACCUCAACAUGACCUUUGACAUCACCACACCGGAUGAUGCCAACAAGAGACACGCUCACACUCAUUCAAAGAAGAUGCGCUUGGACCCUAUUGGCCCGUCAGUUGCCAGACCCAAAGAAAACAGCUCUACCGGAACCAAGGGUCCAGACGCCGACGGCUCCACGGAGCCCUUCUUCCGGUCCUCUCUGCUGUUCAGGAAGAAGACAUUUGGCAGCAUGCUGGAGCCCCAGAGGGCCAAGGCAGGAACCGUACUAUCUGGGUACGAUGGAUUAGGAGGGCGGACUAAAUUCAUUCAACCUUCUCCCAUUUCCAGCCUUCGUCCACUGAUGAAAGCCAAGAGGAAGAAUGUGACCAGACCGGCAAUCAGAAAGAUCUCCUCUUGUCUCACUUUGGACAAUUUCCUUGAGUGAAGAAAGUCUACUUAAUUAGUCAGGUCUAGGCAGCAAAGGGUGUUCUCUGCCCACAGUGGAAUAUUAAUGAAAGGGAGCAUCUUUUUAUUUAUUAAUAACGACAAAACGAAUUUAUUUCACCUUAUUUUGCAAUGCAGUUAUUGCCAAUUAUCCUAAAGUCUCAUCAAUUGGAUCUACUGGUCUACGUCAAUUUUUGUGUUAAAUGUGUAAGGCAGAAAGAGAAUAAGUGUGUCAGUUUAAUAAUUACCAUGACUGCAUUUCAAAAUACUGGCAUGACUCAUUCUCUGUUCUGUGUAUGUAUGUAUAUAUUUAUUGUAGAAUAAUGAUACUAUUGCAAGGUGCAAGUUAAUCGCUUGACUAGUUAAAUACCACAGAUUUAAUGCUGGGGUUGUAUUUUUUUUGUAUCUGAAAUAAACAAUUUCCUUUUUUUAAUCA